CAGAAUUAUUCGACAAGGUUCACUUCAUUAACAUAUGUUUAAUAAUUUUUUUCAUCGAACGAUCGUAACCAUAUCUGUGAUAUGCGGAUAACUUCAUUCUACACAAUUUGCCAACCCGUCCCCGACACCGACCACGUGGUGUCAUUGGCUACGUAAUGGCGGUAGAGCGUUAUGCUCGAAAAUGAACUCUGCGCAUGCGCGUAUUCACGGAGAAAUUCUAACCUAGCUAACAUAGUAUGCAGCUAUAGGAACGCAGUUAUCUUAAUGAAAUGCGAAAAGGUCACAGUAUCCGAGGGUUCGAAUAUGUUUAAUUCAAUGUUAAUUGACCGUUGCGAUCCUAACCCGUCCGCGUCAUUUUUCAACUAGCAUAAAAUACAGCGAUUAAACCGUACCGAGGUGGGGGACUCGGGGCUUCUCCGUGGAAAGAGACCGUCUGGUUUUCACAACCACAACUAACCGUCUCAUUUCUACACGACUACGCGAGCGGCCGCAUGGUGCAUGUGCGGAGGAGGCCGAGCUCGCUUUAAAACCGAGCAAGUCGAAAUUAUCGGCGAUAGGGGAAGUGAUGAGGCUAUCAAGCUCCUCGGAUAUUCGCCAAUAAAGUGUGAUCGUUGAGCGUAAGUGCAGUGACUGCAAAUACCGAGUGAUUUCUCUUCCUCUGACUCUGACGUUGCCGCUGCUGCUUGCUCUUCUUACACCGUUACCAAACCGUCGAGCAGCGCGAUUCGAGGACCGACCGUUUCUCGUUAUUCAACCCCUAACCAUUCGUCGCCGGUGAAUAAUGAAUGUCGACGAAUACGAAAGCCUGCCAACGGGUUCCGUCGCCGUCCACAUGACAGCGGGUGCCCUCGCCGGCAUUAUGGAGCAUUGCGUAAUGUACCCGUUGGACAGCGUCAAGACAAGAAUGCAAGCGUUAACACCCGGCCCAGGUGGAGGUGGCGGAGUUGGCGCGGUUCUGAGCAGAAUGGUAAAACAGGAAGGACUUCUGAGGCCAAUCAGAGGCAUGGGAGCAGUUGUCGUGGGGGCAGGUCCUGCGCACGCCCUUUAUUUUUCCUGUUACGAGUGGCUUAAAGAUCACAUGCUAGGACCACGAUUGCCUCCGCAAUUCAAUCAUCUUGUUUACGGAGCCGCGGGUUGCGUUGCUACAGUUCUUCACGACGGAGUCAUGAAUCCGGCAGAAGUGGUAAAACAGCGACUUCAAAUGUACAACUCGCCCCAUAGAAACGUGAUCGAAUGCUUACGGCAUGUUUAUAAAACUGAGGGAAUUGGAGCUUUUUAUCGAAGUUAUACAACCCAGUUGGCAAUGAACGUACCUUUCCAGAGUAUUCACUUCAUUGCUUACGAAUAUGCACAAGCUUGGACAAAUCCCGAUCACAUCUAUAAUCCUGGAGCUCAUAUGAUUUCAGGUGCUAUGGCGGGUGCGAUCGCAGCUGCAGCUACGACGCCGUUAGAUGUAUGUAAGACGUUAUUGAACACGCAACAAGGUGGCGCUCAAGUUGAAGGAAUGCGAGAUGCAUUCAGAACAGUUUACAAGUUUGGCGGGUUCCAAGGCUACUUCAGGGGUCUCAACGCUCGCGUACUUUAUCAAAUGCCAGCAACGGCUAUUUGUUGGUCGACGUACGAGUUUUUCAAGUACGUGCUGCAUGGUAAGCAGGAUGAUGUUCAGAGUCUGUACGGCGAAGUGGAAAGUAUGGAGAGUCAGACGCAAUCGCACAGUUCGACUACAAGGCCCAGCAGUUUUCAAGGAGCGAGCGUAUAUUUCAAUAAUCAAUCUCCCGGCCCAGUUUUGCUAGACGUGACUAGAAGUUAGGUAUUCCCCCACAGAUCGCACGUUGAAAUUGAAACUUUCGUUGGAAAAGUUUAAUUGCUGACUUUAUACAUUUCGAGAGUUUAUUAUUAUCGAUUUUAGAACGAUAUUUUGUUAUUCCAACUGUUGAUACGAUAUUAUGUAUUAUGUACAAUACGUGUUUAAGCAGAGGAUAGAAAGCAAAACAGAGAGUCGAGUGCAGGUCACUGGCUCGACAAAACGGUAUCUAUCUGUUUUCCACUUAGUAAUCGGCAUGACUUUGGAGAGCACUUUUUAUCACAUUACCUAUUUACCUAAAAUACGACUCGUUAAAUGCCAGACAAAUGAAAUUAGGAGAGAGAUUUUAAAGUAAUUAGAUUUGUUUCUAAAAAUUCAAGCUUCGUUAAUAAAGGCUUGAAGUUGCUCUGGAGGUUCGUGACAGAAAUUUAAACAAAAAAUUUUUUAAGGCUACAUUUGGAACAAAGUAUUUAUUAAUCUGUACAAUAUGAUCAAUGCUCUGAGACGUAUCGUACCGCUUUUGCCAAGUGCAUUUAGUUCUGAUACUUUUAACAUAGUCUUGGCACAAAUGUCAUACAUGUAAUGAUUCGAUAAAAUUUGGUGCAAAUGUAGCCUAAUUGCGUGUACCCAGGAAUAAUCUAUUUCAGUUUACAGUGCAUUUAAUAGUUAGAGACCCACUGUUAACGAAAUAACGACUGAGAAGAAUCAUCUUAAGUAUUUUUUUUUUCGUUUUUUUUUUUUUCUUCUUGACUUUUCUUUGCUUCAUCGCAUCAGUAUUUACGGAAUAUGUGAGACAUUUUAUGACUGCGCGUGAGGUGCUUGUGUAAAAAAAAUUUAAAUUCCCUUCUCCGAUAUAAAAUGUAUUUGUGUGUCACAUAACAUGAGAUUUCAUUGACACAAAUUUCGUAAAUUGAAUUAAACGGCCGCAGCAGUUACAUACGCGUACCGAAGUAUUAAUGCGACUUUUUACAUUAAAUAAAAAAAAAUUUUUCCAUCGAUGUCUAAGAUUUUUUCAUCAGUCAUAAUUAUGUAACGUGACUUAUAGUUUUAUGUAAAUAAAAAGUUGCCGCAGUGGGCAUCAAUCAUGAUAAUGUGGAAAUUUUUUGCUAAACUAUUAUGCAAAAUUAGUUUUAAGAUCUCAUGUUCAAACUUCAUAAUCGAUUUUUUUCCCUAGAUAAAAAAUUUUCUAUGCGGUCGAAACCAAUUGUUUUCGAAAUGCUCAGUUGUGAUCAAAUAAUUGAAUUCUCGACAUAGUGUAAUUGAAUUUCUACUUAAUGUUAAUAGAGAAAGAAGGUUCAUCGUAUACUCCUCUCGCAUAUAAAUAGUACAAAUUUCCAAUGAAUAUUCUCAACGAGCUGGGAAAGUUUGUAUUUCUGUGAUUUCUUAACACUUCAUGUAAAAGAUUUGUUUUUAUCACAGAGCGAAAUAACUGAAAUGUAGAAAUUAGAGGAUAAUCUGAGACAUCGAUUGAAAAAUCUAGGCUCAUUGUCAAUUUACAUAGAAAGCCGCUGAUAUACCGUUGAUACAUGUGAAUAAAUUCAAAAGGUCUUGGGCACUACGAUUAUUGAUUAUUUAAUUCUUGUAAAUAUUAGACACUAUUCGUUGUACAGUAUUAUGAUGUAAAUUUUGUGAAUGUUAGAAAUAUAAAUAACUUAAUUGCCUAAUUACGAAGUAUACUUAAGGUACACUGGCCUAACUUACAGUAUACAUUUAUUUCCUUUGGAAAUGUGGUAAUUUAUGUCCUACUGUAUUUCAGUACUGUAUUAGAUUCUUCCUGUUGUACAGUACUAAUCCUCCCAUCAAGCUUUGGAUUAGCGCAUAAGAAAAUCGAUAAUAAAAAAGAAACAAAUUUUUCAGGAGGGAUCACAGAUUUUGCUAAUGAAGAAAUUUCAACAACAAUAAGUAGAAUUUACCGAUAUGCAUCGGGUAUUAAUGGCUGUUUUCCAGUUUGUAAGAACCGUAAUCCUGUUUUUCGUUCAAACAGUUACGUUCCAUGUUAACACGGCGAUAAAUUACGUACAGGGUAUUCUGGUUCAAUUUAAUGCGCCAUCAAUCUCUACAUUAUAUCAUUUUUAUUGGUCAGAGUAUAUUUUGUUACUUUAGUAAAUUAGAACAGAUUAAUCGAUCUCAUUCUUAAGGACUGCGGAUUGUGGUGCAUGAAAAAAGCAUCGAUUUAACAUUAAAAACCAUCUUUUGAAUUUCUCUAAUCUUACGUAUUUCAAAAUUUUAUUACCUGAUUCAUUUUCCCAUACUCUUAUAGAAGUUUGGAAUAAAAAGCAAAUUGUUACAAAUAUGAAAAAUGGAAAGAUUGAUAGAAAGAAAAGUAGACGAAUUUUAAACGUAAAGCAUACAUAACAGCAUCAAAUACAAAGGUGAGAUAUUUUUGUUGUUGAACAGAUUGCGUUGAGCUCGAAUACUCUGCACUUUCCUUUGGUUUAAGAAAUGUAAGUACCGAUAAGUGUCAGAAAGAAAACACAAGUAUUUUCACCACUUGUUAAUCACAAAUGAUGGUAGUCGAUAAAAUAAUUUCGAUAACUAACAUCAGCUACACUAGUCAACUACAUUCUAUGAAAUAAUGGCAUUCACCACAGAUACAUAUUGCUUAUAUUUUUCCGUAACAUCGUCUUAUUUUAUGUAGCGGUAUACAUAAUUCUCAGCAACCUUGCAUUUGGAAUACAGCCUUGAAAGAAACUGUACAAUAAAAAGUUUAGAUUAAGAAAUCAAUUAUGAUGGGGAGCAUGCAGUAAUCAGAACUAAGCAAAUAGAUUUUACUGAAAGAAUCAAGACAGCUAAUUUUAAUGCCAUUCUCAGCACAGAUACGUAAGGAAAUUAAAUUUACGGUAUAAUUUUCCAAUUUCAACUAUUUAGGGAUGACUUUGGUCAUUAUUUUUUCAACACCAAACAUCACUGACGAAGAAUGUGGUACAUUACGAUUGGGUACGGUAUGAUUCUGACCCACUUGGUUAUACGUUGCUCGUUUUAAACAGACUUAGAUUCCGAUACGAUGAAAAAGUACUCGCAAAGAAUAAUAUCUUUAACAUGGUUUCACUGGCUCGGAUACUGUAUGAUUCAUCUAAUUGAAACGAAAGCUUGGUUUAUUUCAGUAUUUUAAUAUUUACUAUCAUGUUAAUACUAAGUCGAUUCAGGACGUACGCUUUACCAAGUUUUUAACUGAAAAUCACAAAAAGAGAUAAUGCACAAUUCUUUUUUUUUUUUUUUUUAGUGAAUAUCGUGAUGGACGAAAUAUGACCCCGGAAAUCAGAGCCUUUUUUUUUUUUUUUACUACAAAGAAUUUCCCCAACGUUGCUUUCUAUGGCUGUGAUAACUGAGUCAAACACAUAUGAUGUUGACUUUAAGAGGGAGUAAUAUCAUGUGAAAGCUCACGCUUAAUCAAGCCAUAUUUCGUUUCUUUUUUUUUUUUUUUUCUUUGUAAUAGGAGUAAUAAUAUCUUUGACGGUAAAUGAUAAAUACUAACUUGUAUUAGGUAAUUUAUUUUUUCAUUCUAUAUAGAUUCCUCGUUAUUCAUUGCAAUUCAAAUUAGACCAUUACAACAUACAUCCGUGAGUAUGUUGAAAUGGGUGACGAAUUUUCAUUCUACUUAUCAUGUAAAUAUAGGCAUGCUCCCACUGAUACUUUACCCUGUAAGAAUGAGGACGAACUGAUAUUGUACCAGAAUAAUAAACAAGCAUCAUUCAUUCACCGAAACGUGGAAAAGAGCAAAGUGCGGAGUGUAAUAAUAAUGUAAAUAUUUAAUAUUAUACGUAUUAAAGAAUGACUCAAGGAGAAAUAAAACAUCAUGUUUUCUUUUUAUACUUCCAAUAAUUAUGAAAACAAUGCGCUGGUGUAUUGCUAAAGCCAAAAGAUACUGCACGCAUAUUACAGCGUUUUGAAGGAGCAAUUUGUAUACGAUUCUUAAUUUUUAUUUCUUCACUCCUCAAGUCUACACUUGUUUUCAAUAUUAGAUAAUUUUCCAACUUUGAAGUAUCUAAUUCAAAAUAAAUUAUUACGUGUUUUUGUCUAUAUUAGACAAAAUAGCAAACCAAUAUUCGUAAAGGUUUUUUUCGUAAUCUUUAUAAAGAUAAUUUUUCAAGUAUUCACUAAGCAUCGCAAACAUGACAUGAUAUGAAAUCAAAAAAUAGUCGCACAAUCGAAUAAGGAAACGAUCCCACAUUUUUUGACGUUCAGUAUCUUUUGCAGUAAAUGCAAUGGUUUUUUUUUCUGCAAAUUUUACAUCUUAGUACUCCGUAAUUGACAGUUUUAAGUAAUAAAUUGUGUAUUUUUUUUUUUUUUAUCUUAUCAAGAG